CCAGUUUCGAUUCCUUCACUGCUUCACCGAGCACUGCGCGGUGGUGUCUGCUGCUGUCCCUGCGCGUCCCGUCGGGUGCCCCCAGGAACGCGAUGGCCGAGCUGUUUCCUCUGGCCGAGGAGCUGUCGUGCUCCAUUUGCUUGGAGCCCUUCAAGGAGCCCGUCACCACUCCGUGCGGCCACAAUUUCUGCAGAUUGUGCCUGGAUGAGACGUGGAUCGUCCAGGGCCCGCCGUACAGGUGCCCUCAGUGCCGCACAGUGUACCAGGCGCGUCCGCAGUUGCACAAGAACACGGUGCUUUGCGCGGUAGUGGAGCAGUUCCUGCAAGCGGAGCAGGCACGGAUGCUGGCGGACGACUGGUCCCCCCCUGCCCGCUCCGCUGCUUCCAGCUCAGCCACCGAGGUAGCCUGUGACCACUGCCUGAAGGAGGUCGCGGUGAAGACGUGCCUCGUGUGUAUGGCCUCUUUCUGCCAGGAGCACUUGAGACCGCACUUCGACAGUCCCGCCUUCCAAGACCACCCCCUGCAGCCACCCGUCCGCGACCUGCGGCGCCGCAAAUGUCCCCAGCACAACCGCCUUCGGGAGUUAUUUUGCCCCGAGCAUAGCGAGUGCAUCUGCCAUGUCUGCCUGGUAGAGCACAAGACCUGCUCCCCUACACCCCUAAGCCAGGCCAGCGCCGACCUGGAGAAUAGGCUGAGGCAUAAACUCACCAUCAUGUACAGUCACAUCAGUGGGGCAACCCGAGCACUGGAGGAUGUGAGAGCCAAGCAGCAGGGUGUGCAGGACUCCAUGAAAAGGAAGAUGGAACAAUUGAGGCAGGAAUACAUGGAAAUGAGGGCUGUCAUUGAUUCGGCGGAGACCAGCUCCAUGCGCAAGCUGAAGGAGGAGGAGAAGCGGGUCUACGGAAAGCUGGACUCCAUCUACCAGGUUCUUGUCAAGAAGAAGAAUGAGAUGCAGAACCUGAAGGGGGAGGUCGAACUUGCCCUGGCCAAAGGGGACGAGUUUGAGUUUCUGGAGAAAGCGGCAAAAUUGCAAGGGAUGUCAACGAAACCAGUCUACAUCCCCAAGGUAGACCCAGACUACGAGUUGAUAAAGGGGAUCUACCAGGGUGCAUUGGACCUCAAGAAUGAGCUGAAGCGCUCUCUUAAGCAACUACAGGAAAAGAAGGUUGAGGAGCCCCCUAGUCCAGGUGACAUGGGAGAUCAUAGUACAGAGUCCACAACCAAACAUCGCCCCAAGAAGACCCAACAGGAAAAGAAGACCAAGAAAGCACCUGCCGCCGCCAGCUCCACUCCCAGCUCUUCCUCAUCCAACAAGUUUCCCACCUUUGUAGCUCCUGGACAGUCAAUGGAGUUUAAAACAACUGUCCCCGAUGCUACACCCAAAGACAACACCUCACAGCCAAAUUCUACUGCACUCAAAGCUAAGAUACUAGAAAACUUCUUAGCCAAGUCUAGAGCCGAGCUUCUGGAGUAUUCCGUUAAAGUCAUCUUCGACUACAAUACUGCCCACAACAAGGUGGCUCUGUCAGACAACUACACCACCGCCUUUGUGGCUGAUGGACUUCAGCAGUACCGGUCCCAUCCCCAGAGGUUCACCUACUGCUCUCAGGUUCUGGGGCUGCACUGCUAUAAGAAAGGCAUUCACUACUGGGAGGUUGAGCUGCAGAAGAACAACUUCUGUGGUGUAGGCAUCUGCUACGGCAGCAUGGAGCGGCAGGGCCCCGAGAGCCGGCUGGGCCGUAACGCCAACUCGUGGUGUGUGGAAUGGUUCAAUAACAAGAUCUCUGCCUGGCACAACAACGUGGAGAAAACCCUGCCCUCCACCAAAGCCACUCGAGUUGGGGUACUUCUGAGCUGUGACCAUGGCUUUGUCAUUUUCUUUGCUGUCACUGAAAAGGUCUAUGUGAUGUAUAAGUACAAGGUGGACUUUACUGAAGCCCUGUACCCCGCCUUCUGGGUGUUCUCCUCGGGUACCACACUUUCCAUCUGCUCCUCCUCCAAGUAGGCAGGUCACUAGGCCAGCCUCAGACAGUUGGAUUUGCUGGGGAACAUCCAAGACUGCUGAAAAAAAUGCUGUAGGAUUCUCUUUGGCAAACUUCUGAGUUGUCAACAGAUAGGAGAUUGGGAAGAGAGUUGGGGGAGAGGCCGAGAGAAAAAAAAGGGGAGAUUUGGCUCAGAAAGGGGUGGGGUGAUUGUCUUGUGGGUGGGGAAGCAUUAUCUACCUCCUGGCACCCUGAGGGCAGGGUGACCUCCUCCCAGUGCUCUGGGAAAUCUCAGGCUGUUAGCUACUUGGGCAGAACUUCAGAGAGGAAAAUCAUUAGUGCUUCCUGUUGGCUUACAGAAAAUCUGUAACUAUGUUUUUUCUCAGGUGAUGGAUGUCCACUCUCUGGGGUAGCCUUCAGAACUUCAUGUUUUGAUUAUGCUCUAGAUUAAAAAAAAAAGCCAGGUGUGGUGGCACACACCUUUAAUCCCAGCACUUGGGAGGCAGAGGCAGGUGGAUAUCUAUGAGUUCCAGGCCAGCCUGGUCUACAGAGUGAAUUUCAGGAUAGUCAAAGCUACAUAGUACGACUCUGUCUCAAAAAAACAAACAACAAACAAAAAUCCAGUCUGAGUUCAGUGUAUAUAUUAUCUCUUUGGAGCUAGGUAUUGAAUCUAGAGUCUUUAUAUGCACUACUACUGAGAUCCAUGCUACUCUGAACCCAUAUUACCCUUCCUCCAAGGAAACUUUUGUAGAUAAGACUUCAAACUCUCAUCUGAAUCAAGGCAACCCCGAUCCAGUUGAGACAGAAUUUCUUCCUCUCCAAGGGGCAUCUCACCAGGGCCAUGUUGAUUGUGGCCAUAGAGCUAGAGAGGCCUUUCUUCCCAUAGCCUAUGCUGGGAGUGGAGACAGGGGAGCAGGAUCCUGACUGGAUUAAUGUUAGCCUGAUGGCUUUGCUCUUACCAGUGUCUUGCCUUGACAGCUGUCUUCAUCAGUAAUGUCCCCCUUCUCUGGAUUGUAGAUACUGGGCUAUGACUAUAAAGGUCACCUUUUGCCUUCUGUGGCUACCAUGGUUAAGUGGCCAGCCACACCACAUCCCCGUACCCUACCGUCAUGCAGAUUCAUGGUUGCUUCAGGAGCCAUGCUAGAUCACCCACUGAGGUGACUACCUAUGGUCUGAGGGACCUGUGGGAGACAGCCAUAUUCCUGUUUUUCCCUAGUCACAGACUACAGGCCCACUGAUGCGUCUAAGACCCAUCACCUAACCUGUCCUGUUCAUCUGUCUUCCUCAUUUGAGCCAAUUCCAGGUGCUCAUAUAGACCGAACUGUAGGUUAGGAAGACCUUUAAGGAUGAGAAAGAAGCCAAGGAGGUCUGGCCAGUGGCUGUUUUUUUCUGUGGUCUUUGAUGCAGUGAAAAUGGCCCAGACCACUAAAGGACAGGGAUGGACCACUGUAAUCUACCCACCCUCCUUCUGUACUGAUGUCAAAUCCAGAACAUGUGAGGAUUUGGCCUCUGUGACAGGAGUCCAGCUCCCUUUCCUAAGUGGGGAGCUCCCUCUUGUAAGCCUUCCUAUGAAGAGAGGUCACCAUAGGGGAGGUAGGGACCCUAGACCUUUCAUAUGGAUGGACAUCUGAGAACAUAACACAUUUCAGAUCUUGUAAUGGAAUCCCAGGGCUAUUACCUAGCAUUGGCAUUCCUGACAGAUGUGUGAUCUGUGUCCUCUCCCAGAGGAAUGUUCUGUUUCCUGGGAGCAUCUUUGCAGGGCACAUGUCCUGUAGAUGAUGUGUGGCCUUUGAAAGCUUUUUUUUCCUUUGAUAUACAAGUUCUUUGGUGAUUCUUCUCUGAAUUUGAAGAUGCCAAUCUUCUGAAACAAAGCUUUGUUUGAAACCAAGACAGACUUGGGAAAUAUCUAGGUUUAGAGAAGCAGAAUGCCAAGGGUUAACUGAGGGGUCCUCCUUGGACUCUUCUACAGAAAUGGAACAGACAGUCAAGACUCUUCCCAGGCUCUGUACAGCUCAGGUUAGGACGUAUCUCUUUGUGAGAGAGCCAAGCAGGCGACCAAAGCCCAGAGCUGCUCGAGGUGCUUUGGAGCUGUAAGCGGAGGAGUGUACCCUUGCUGUCUGGUACCUUUCUGUUUGCAAUGGCAAGACCUCUUCUUGACCAUACCCAUAAACGUGUCUGGAAGCCUGUACCAUAGGGUCCUGGAAUGGACAGAGUCGGUGUAUCCAUCUCACCUCUCCUUUCGAGAGCCAGGCAGGUGGGAAGGUGGAGGAUGGCUCUGUUCACCAUUCUUGUCAUUCCAACAUGGAAGAGACACCUAACACGGGUGACAGGAAAACCCUGGGGCCCUGUGGACAUGUAGAAAUUGCCAGUAACGUUGAUGUAAAAUCCUAUCCUAGACCCAGGUGCUGGGUACUGUCUCAGUCACUCUGGGGUGAUAAGCUAAAGGUCAAGUCUUUGUAUUAUCCAGGACUGGCUAGCUAGUCUUUUUAAUUACUUGGAGAUUGAUUUUCGAUCUAUUACUAAUAUCGAUAUGUUAUCUUUUACACCAUUUACCUCCCUCUAUUGAUUUUAGUUAAUUAUUAAUGUUUUUGCCAAUGGCUUAUUGAACUAAGUGUUUUAGAAGUGAUUCACAAUCAAGACAAUCAUCAUAAGCAGGGCGAGGAUGGCUGCUGUACCAUACUUUGAAUGCAGUGAAGCAGAACUCGGUAUCCCCAUGGAUUCAAGUGUGGGUAGAAGAUGUUGUAACUCAAGCUGAAAUCCACUGAUGAGGUACCUGCCCCUUGCAAGCUACUGCCCAGGGUUCCUGGGUGCUCAGGCCUACAAUCCCUUGAACCCCACCACAGUGUAGUCACCAUUGCAGGGUGCACCGAGAGAGAGGGUGUGUAGGCCUAACUUCAAGACAGUGCCAGAGUGGAACACUGGUGGAAACUAAACCCCACUUAAGUAACCAGCAAGGAGAGGUGGGACCGGGGCUUGUUUUCUUAUUCUUCCUACGGUUGCAUAGGCUUCAACAUUUCCAUCAUAAAAAGUUAAAUAGUGAAAUGGAAAAUGGCCCAGACCAGAGAUGGAGGGUGUUCAUGAUCUUUUCUACAGAGGAACAGGUGUCUUGGGAAGUGUAGAUACUUUGUUGACUGUUAGAGGAUUUGGCUGGCCUUUGUUCCUGGAUUGGGAGUGUGUGUGUAUGUGGGGGGGUGUUAAGUCCUUGGAAUUUCCUGAGAGGGUGCAGUGUCGUUAUUUGUCUGCCUUGUGGGUCACAGUGGAAUUUUUGUCAAGAGAGGGGAUGACCCAGGAUGGCAGCUGGCCAAUGUAAAGACCAGCUUGGUGAUUGGUUAGAAGGCUGAGGCACUGAACCCGAAGGACGCCUGUAGGGAGAAGAGAACUGGGGACUGGGGUCAGCGGGAGACCUCUGUGAAUCCUGCCUGUAAACGAUGGUUCAAAUCCAGACCUAGUGCAACUUCUCUGCAGAUGAACACACACUUGGCUGCAUGGCCACACUCGUGUCCUGUGACGGCAGGACAAGGAGGAUCUGUGCUCCAGACCUUGCCCUGUUUGUGCUUCUAUGGGAUUGCUUCUGAUUAUUUUCAUUUUAAUAAAGUUCAAAUCAUAAAGACAA